AGUGUCCAUGGAAGGGGCGGAAGUGGUCCAUAUCUAUUGUGGUCCCCCGAGGCGGCUCAUCGCCCCAGUGGCCUCCAUGAGCAAAGCGUGGCGGAGGACCGAGGCGGGCGGCGUCUUCAGGAUGGAAGGCCCCGGGCGAGGGGAGGAUGAUGACUCCAAUGGCCACGGGUCCCACAAGAAGAAGCAUAAGAAACAUAAGAAAAAGCACAAGAAGAAGCACCACCGUGAGGAGAUCGGCAUGGUGGCAGCAGACGUGGCUCCCGCCCUCCCCAAGCCUCAGCUGAAGCUCAAGAUCAAACUGGGAGGCCAGGUGCUGGGGACAAAGAGUGUGCCAACCUUCACUGUCGUCCCUGAGCGGCCGCGUUCUCCCUCCCCACUGAUGGUUGUGGAUGACGAGGAUGAGCCAAUGGAGGGGGUCCCCAUCGAACAGUACCGAGCAUGGCUGGAUGAGGACAGCAACUUGGAACCCGAGCUUCUUCCCGAGCUCGAUGCAGAAAUUGGCUUCCCGGCCCGGGAGGAAGAGGAGGAGCAGCGCUGGCUGGAUGCCCUGGAGAAAGGGGAGCUGGAUGACAACGGGGAGCUCAAGAAGGAGGUGGACGAAUCCUUGCUCACAGCCAGGCAGAAAGCCCUGCUGCACAAGCAACAGAGCCAGCCGCUGCUCGAGCUGCCGAUGGGCUACAAGGCCAAGGAGCUGACGGAGGAGAUGCUGGUGAAGCGGGAGGAGCGGGCCCGCAAGCGGCGCCUGCAGGCCGCCAAGAAGGCCGAGGAGAGCAAGAACCAGACCAUCGAGCGGCUCACCAAGACGAGCAAGGCCAAGGUGAAGACCCUGCGAGAGCGCAAGGCCAAGGCCGGGGCCCUCCCCACCGUCUGCUACCGCAAUGCCGCCAGCGGCAUCACCGUCUCUUUCCCUCCAGGGGCCGCCCUCCCUCUGCUGUCUUCCAUCGUGACUGCUCCGCCCCCUCCUACCCCGUGCGGGGUCAGCGGGUGCCCCAACCUCAAACGGUACUCCUGCUCCCGCACUGGGGUGCCCCUCUGCAGCCUGGACUGCUACAAGAAGAACUUGUUGUUACAGCAGGCAGCAGCCUAGCGCUUCUCCUUCCUCCGGAACUCCCCAGGGGCGGUCUCCUGGUGCCGGUCUCAGGUGGGGCUCUUGUGCGCUGACGGCUGAUCCAAGCGGUACUCUUGAGCUUGGAGAAAAGCGGACGUGGCGUUUUGUCAUGUUGAGAUGGGCCUGGAAAGGCUGGGGGUCCUGAUUGGGGGCAGAAACGAGCACGUCUGCUCGACAGUGGAGAAGGAAAAGGCCUUGUGAGAGCCCGUGCUCUCAAUUCUGCCCAGCAGCCCAAGCUUAACCCUGAUACUGCAAACCGCAGCUGCUCUCCAGAGACUCAGGACAGUGGCGAGGGAGAGCCGCAGGUGCGUUGCUGCAACUGUCACUGGCAUCGUGUUUGGGACAGGACUGUACAGCAAACAGAGAAAGCGAAGACGUCAAGGAUCCCCAUGCACCUGUCCCGUGGGCUGCCUUUAUAUGUCUGAGAGCCUCCCGCCAUCUGUUGAGCGGGAACAGGAAAGAACAGGUUCUCAAUUAGGCCAUCAAGGUCCCUCCUUGUGAAAAAAUGUGAUCUCUUUUUUAGACCUUAAUAAACAAUACAUUGAAGUUGCUGGAGAAUUCAAGCUAGGUUGAUGCUUUCCUUGCUUGACCUGGUGACCCUUCCUUCUGCUGGUUUAGUGAGAUCCAGAGGAACAAGGCUGUGUUGUGGGGAAUUGGACAGGCUGAGCAGGGGAGCCCCCGAGGCUUGGGUAUCGCUAUCCAGGACUAUUAUAUGGGUCUCUCCUCCACCAGUUCUUGUGGUUCCCACCCCUUCGAUCUUCUGGCUUCCCGUCCUUGGUCUAUUCUUUUGGGCCUUCCCCGUUGUGGACUUGCUAUUGGAACCCCUUUGCCGUGAGUGCAGGCAUUCUCCCGAAAAGCCGUCCCACUCAUCUGCUACAGAAGCAGUUGGGAAUUUAUUUAUUACAUCUCUGAGUUAGAUUUAUUUGUUUUCUUUUACCGAAUUUAUAUGCCGCCUUUUCCCAACCCGGAAAACGUUAUGAUAAACGAAUAAUACUAAAACCUAGACUUGAAUCUAAUAAUAAAGCAACAGCAUCAUGUAGUAACCCCUGA